AUGGAAGUUAGUAAAAGCAUUGUAUUUGAUCGCAAAAUUUAUAAUUACUUUGACUUACCCAAAGGCUAUCAAAUAACCCAACAAAAAUUGCCCCUUGCUACUUUAGGAUACUUACCGGUUAUUAGGGAAGAUGGAAUAGAAGAAGUGCCGAUAAAAGUUUUGCAAAUAGAAGAAGACACUGCAAAGAGUAGUUAUGAUACAGAAGGGGUUAAGUUAGACUUUAAUCGAGCUGGUAAUCCGUUGGUAGAAUUAGUCACUGAACCUGUUUUUCAAACGUUAGAGGAUGUUUCUAGGUUUGUUAAGCAACUUCAAAAUCUUUUACGUUACUUAGAAGUGUCUGAGGCUAAAAUGGAAAAAGGACAAUUACGGAUUGAUUUAAAUGUUUCUUUACAAUUAGGGGAUAAAUAUUCUACACCCCGCUAUGAAAUUAAAAACCUUAACUCGUUGGCUAAUAUUGAGAAAGCAAUGAAAUACGAGAUUAAAAAGCAUCAACUGUUAUUCUCACAAGGUAAAAAUCCUCCGUUUAGUCAAACCUUAGGAUUUGAUGAGGCUCAGCAAGCAACUGUUUCUCAUCGGGAAAAAACAACUUACUUUUACUUACCUGAAGUCAAUAUUCCUCCAAUUAGGAUAAAGCCUAAUGAAAUCAAAAAAAUUAAAGAGUUAAAGCAAUCUGACCCGAAACUUGCCCAAGAGGUUAAUAAAAAUCCUCCUUUAUUAAAAAUAUUUAACUUUUUGGAAAAGAAAAAGUUUCUAACAAAAGAGGAAUAUAAAGAAAAAAAGUUAGAAAAUGAAGAGAUAAAAGCGAUAAUUAAAGAGUUGAUAGAAACUAAAAAGCCCUUUGCAGCGCUAGCAAAAAAAUAUGAAAAAACCACUAAAGUUAACGAAAAUUUAUUGGAACAAGAAUUAAAAAAUUUGUGA